CUGUCAGGAGUGCACAAGGCUCUGCCUUUUGGGUCCCUGUGACAUCCCUGGAAGGGGCAUCCCCACACCACCCCCGCCGGAGAUGUGAUCGUGGUACAGUCCAGAGAAUUCCAGGUUAAGUGUUUGCAGGAUCAGUGUUUGCAGGAGCCACUCUGGAGUUUGAUGUGCCCCGAGCAAGGUCUGACCUCAUCCAGAUAACUGAAGGAAGGGGAGACAAAUCUCUGACCUGUGUCCAGAAGGAAGAGGAGAGGAAUUGACACGGAGGAGCUUCCAGAACAGGGAGCUAUGCCUUCAUCAGUGCAACUCUUCAGAGAUCAGAAGUACCACGAGCUGAAAGAGCAGUGCAUCCAGCAAGAGCUCUUUGAAGAUCCUGAGUUUCCAGCCUCAGAUGGAUCCCUUUUCUAUCAGUCAGCACCACCAAGGAAAGUUGAAUGGAAGCGCCCAAAGGAUCUCUGUGAAAACCCCCAUCUGUUUGUGAAUGGAAUCAGCUCCCAUGACUUGCACCAGGGCACCCUGGGGAACUGCUGGUUUGUGGCUGCAUGUUCCUGCCUGGCUCUGAGGAAAUGCCUAUGGCAGCAGGUGAUUCCAGACUUUAAUGAACAAGAAUGGGACCCUAAAAACCCAGAGAAAUAUGCUGGGAUUUUCCGUUUCCGCUUCUGGUGCUUUGGAGAAUGGAUAGAGGUGGUUGUUGAUGAUCUGCUGCCAACAAUGGAUGGGAGGUUGAUCUACUGCCAUUCCAAUGUGAAAAAUGAAUUCUGGAGUGCACUGCUGGAGAAAGCUUAUGCAAAGUUGGCUGGAUCCUACGAAGCCCUCGAUGGAGGCAGUGCUGCAGAUGCUAUUGUGGAUUUCACUGGAGCAGUGGCAGAAUCUGUUGAUUUGGUACAGGGCAAAUAUGGAGAGAUUAUUUCUGAGCAGAUGAAGCUGUUUGAAGACUUGAUGAAAGUGCAUAGAAGAGGCGGGUUGAUCAGCUGCUCCAUCGCGGUGUCCUCUGGCCGUGCCAGUGAGGUGGAGACAGAGAUGGGGCUUGUUGUUGGCCAUGCGUACUCGGUGACUGGAAUUCGGAAGCUGCGCCUUGGAGAAAGGCUCGUGUUCUCUUUUAAGGCAGAAAAACUGUUCAUGAUCAGGCUGAGGAAUCCCUGGGGAAAAAAAGAAUGGAACGGCGCCUGGAAUGACAAUUCUGAGGAGUGGAAGAAAGUCAGCGAUUCAGAACGCAAGAGCUUAGGGCUCGUUGUGGAGAAUGAUGGGGAGUUCUGGAUGACGUUUGAGGACUGGUGUAAGAAUUUCACAGACGUGGACAUCUGCCGGAUUGUGAAUACCUCCUACUUCAGCAUCCACAAGACCUGGGAGAAGAAAAUGAUGCAUGGGGCUUGGACAAAAAAUUCAGAGCCCCUGCUAAAUCGCUCCGGUGGCUGCUUUGAUAACAGAGAGACCUUCCUUCAGAAUCCCCAGUACAUCUUUGAUGUCAAGAAGACUGAGGACAAAGUGUUGGUCUCGUUACAACAGGAGGAUCGCCGCAAAUACAAGAAAGAAGGGAGAGGUGACAGCAUCCCAAUUGGCUUUGAAAUAUUCAAGGUGGAGGAUAACAGAAGCUAUCGGCUGCACAAGCUCACUGUGCAGGAGAGAGUGGCCACGUCUCCGUACAUCAACACACGCACUGUCUUCUUGAGGAGGAUCCUUCAGCAAGGCCGCUACAUCCUUAUCCCAACCACCUACCAUCCGGGCAUCACCACAAAGUUUAUCCUGAGGCUCUUCACAGACGUGCCAUCAAAACUCAGGGAGCUGAAGGCAGAUAAGCCUAAAAUGACAUGUUGGAGUCUUCUUUGUGGCUACCCACGCAGAGUCACCCAAAUCAAAGUUCACUCUGCAGAGGGUUUACAGAAGCAAGACAGAUCGGGUGGAGCAGAUCCCUAUGUGCUUGUCAAGUGUGAGAACCAAAAUGUGCGCUCCCCUGUGCAGCACAACACGACCAGUCCCAUCUUCAACACACAAGUGAUUUUUUACAAGAAGAACAUUGACAGUCCUAUCACAAUCCAGGUCUGGAAUAGCAACAUCCUGUGUGACCAGCUCCUGGGGCAGGCAGUGCUGGCAGCUUCCCCCAGUGACCCCCGAGAGCAGCAGACGCUGCAGCUCCGAGGGAGAGGCGGCCAGGAAGCAGCCGAGGUGCCGGGUCACAUCACCAUCAAGGUUUUCUCCAGCGAUGACCUCGCGGAGCUCUGAGCGCCGGAGCCCCGCAGAGCCAGACAGAGCUGUCACCUCGCAGCAGCGGGACUCGUCUGUGCCUGCCGGGGCGGGGACUCGGGAGC